GCCACGACCACAACUUGUGUUCGACCUGCCAGUCCACGCAGAUUAUCUUGUUCGUAUCUUCAGACCGAAAUUUGAGGGUUAAGAUCGCUGUAUAUCGCCAGAUUAAGUGAAGAUGUCCGCCCAUCCCGCUCUGACCAUGGCCGCAGUCUGCCUCAUCGGCGGUGUGACCGGAUACGUUCGCAGCCGAUCUAUGCCUUCGCUUAUUGCCGGCACUGGUGUUGGGCUAAUCUACGGCUGGUCGGGCUACCAGAUCCGUUCAGGCGGGGACUACGGAUAUGAGGGUGCAUUAGCCGCGUCUGUCAUCCUUUUCGGUGCAUCGGCUCCCCGCGCAGGCAAGGGGCCCAUUCCUCUCACUUUGACGAUUGCGAGUGCCCUUGCUGGAGCUUACUACGCUAAGCAGGUUUACGACUUCAGGUUUGCGUCGUAGAUCCAUGAAUGGGCAUUGUGCAUUCGGGCUCGUGUAAAAAUGUAGGACUGCAAUAAGAUCUCGCCACUCCGUUCUGCUUGCAACGUGUAUGCAGUGCGGAUCAGCGAGAACCUCGGGCCGUGUCCGUCGCACCGUGAAUUUGGCAUUUGGAUAGCUCUUCCUCGAUAUAGAAGUUGAAU